UCCAUACAGUUUCAAGAAUAGAAUUUUUGUCUUCCAUUAAUAAUGGCUCUCUCAACGGAAAUCGAAACCGUCGAUCCUCCAUUCUCUUCAGAAAUAACAGAAACCCCGGCCGACGACGACGGCGACAAGGCCGCCAUUGUGAGGGCCCUGUACGCGGCGCUGGCGGCCGGCGACAGCGGCAAGGUGGGCGGGAUCGUGGCGGGCGAUCUAGAGUGGUGGUUCCACGGGCCGCAGAAGUGCCACCACAUGAUGAACAUGCUGACCGGGAAGUCAACGGCGUUCCGGUUCGAGCCGCGGAGCGUGGACGUGAUCGAGGACCGGGUGAUCGUGGAGGGGUGGGAAGGGGCGCAGGCCUACUGGGUCCACGUCUGGACCAUUCAGCACGGCUUGAUUACUCAGUUCCGGGAGUACUUCAACACCUGGCUCACCGUCACCGAGCUCCGGCGCGUUGGCCGCCUCAGCUCCUCCACGGUCUGGUGGAGCCACCCCCGGGACCUCGCCAAACGCUCACUCCCGGGACUUAUGCUCACCAUUUAACACUGUCUCAAACUAUUAUAUGAGAAUGUGAACUGUGUAAACUUCACUUUUAUGUAAUAAUUUCUAAAUUAUUUAGAAGGGGUAAACUGUACUAGAAAAAUUAUAUGCUAUAGAUAGGGACCAAAUCCUUUUUUCUUAUUCUAUGAUGUAUGAAAAAUAAUUAAUGGAUGAAAAUUUUAUUAUUAUGCUAAAAA